CGUGCGAUGUUUGUUUGUAUGUUUAAGUAUCAAGGUCAAAUGAGAUUGUAGUUUCUAUGCUAAUUUAAGUGAGAAAUCAGUCUCCCACUGAAUCAUUUUAAACAUGGAUAAAGUGCUGACGCUUGACACUAUCAAUCCUCAUAUGAUUAAAAUAGAAUACGCAGUUCGUGGUCCGAUUGUUGAACGUGCUCUACAAAUAGAAAAAGAACUUAAGCAGGGUGAUAAAAAAUCGUUCAGUGAAGUUGUCAAGUGUAACAUUGGUGAUUGUCAUGCAACUGGUCAAAAGCCAAUCACGUUUCUUCGUCAAGUCACUGCCCUGGUAACUUUUCCGCAUCUACUUGAAGACGAAAGCUUCCCGGAAGAUGCUAAAUCAAGAGCUAAGAACAUACUAGCAGCAUGCUCUGGUUCUAGUGUCGGUUCUUACAGUCACUCUCUGGGGCUGGAAUUAGUGCGCAAAGAUGUGGCGAAAUAUAUACACCAACGUGAUGGGAUUGAGUCGAAGUGGGAGAAUAUUUUCUUAGCUUGUGGGGCUACGGAGGCUGUGAAGAUGUUACUGGAAAUGAUAUCCACCCCUGGUCAAGACAGUAAACGUGCAGGUGUUAUGAUUCCCGUACCACAAUAUCCUCUAUAUUCAGCUACGAAUUCCGAAUACAAUAACUUCCAGAUCAACUACUACCUAGAUGAAAAUGAUAACUGGUCUUUAUCUGCCGAUGAAUUGAAACGAGCACUGACGAGUGUAAAAGGACAAUGCAUACCAAGAGCCAUAGUUAUUAUUAAUCCAGGAAAUCCGACAGGUCAAGUACUCCCACAAAAAUGUAUGGAGGAUAUUAUUAAAUUUGCAGUUGAUAACCGACUGAUUUUGAUAGCUGACGAAGUUUACCAGCAUAAUUUUUACCAGCCGGACAAAUAUCCAUGGGUUAGUUUUAAAAAAGUUUUGUUCAAUAUGGGACCAAGUUACUCAGAAAAAUUGGAAUUGGCUUCGCUCAUGUCUUGUAGCAAAGGUUACAUGGGAGAAUGCGGAUAUCGUGGUGGAUAUUGUGAAUUGUUAAAUUUUGAUCCAGCUGUUCAAGCCCAGCUUUAUAAAGCUCUUUCAGCACGAUUAUGUCCACCUUUGAUGGGACAGGUAGUAUUAGAAACGAUCGUAAAUCCACCUAGACCAAGUGAACCAUCAUAUUCAUUAUUUAUCAAAGAACGAGAUGAUGUAUUAAGUGCAUUGAAAGAAAAAGCUUCCAUAACCUAUAAUGCAUUGAACUCAAUGUCAAAUAUGUCGUGUAAUCCUGUUCAAGGAGCAAUGUAUGCCUUUCCGCGCAUACAUUUACCACCAAAAGCUAUUCAGGAAGCUAACAGAAGAGGGGAAGCACCAGAUUUCUUCUACUGUUUGCAAUUGUUAGAAGAAAAAGGUAUAUGUGUAGUACCCGGUUCUGGUUUCGGACAAAAGGAAGGAACAUUUCAUUUCAGAACUACAAUCCUACCAUCUAUUGAAAAGAUGAAAUAUGUUAUGAAACAAAUUGAAGAGUUUCAUACAUCAUUUAUGAAGAAAUAUUCCUAAUUCCUCAAAUAAAAUUGGUCAAGAAAAAUAUAUUUUUCAAGUUUUUUCAUUCAGAUUGAUUAUAGUAUAUUGCAUAACUCAAUGUUCACUUAUAAUUAGAGUUUAAAUCUGCGCUCACCUGUUCCAUGAACUAUGUUUUAUUUUUAAUAAUUUUUUUAUCUUGCCAACUGUUACGCCUUAUUAGUUACCAAUUAUGUAGUGUAUGUAUAUCAUGAAAGUAUGUACAUACAAAAAUUACGUGCUCACCAAUUUAUGUAAACUGUUUUCCACAACUUGUUUGUUAUAAUCGUUUUUUUUGUUUGUUUUUUUUUGAUUUUGUUAAAAUACAUUUAGUGGAA